UUCUGUUGAUGUUGAAACCAAAUAUCCAUUUUGCCCUCACAAGGCCUCGUCUUUCCCGCGAAAACGAACGGUUAUCUUUUCAAACGAUCGCAAAUUUCAGUCGCCACCUUCGAAAUUGCAACGAUUUGAUUUCUGCAACCUCCGCCCACCCCAUAGCUCUAAAGCUUGGAUUCUUAACCCAAACUCUCCCCGUCAACCAUCUCAUCAAUUGCUAUGUCAGAUUGCGCAGAGUUUCAAUCGCACACCACCUGUUCGAUGAAAUGCCCACCCCAAAUGUCGUCUCAUGGACCUCUCUCAUGGCCGGUUACAUCGACGCUUGCCAGCCGAGUACCGCUCUCUCACUAUUCGGGGAGAUGUCGAGAAGUCCGGUCGUGCCGAACGACUUCACUUUCGCGACCGCGAUUAAGGCCUGUUCGAUCCUCUCAAAUUUGAGAGAGGGCAAAAAGUUCCACGCAUAUGUUGAGAUUUCUGGCUAUGGAGGUAAUGUUGUGGUGUGUUCUUCGCUUAUCGAUAUGUAUGGUAAGUGCAAUGAUGUUGUUCGAGCUCGGAGAGUCUUCGAUUCUAUGGCUUGUAAGAACAUUGUUUCUUGGACUUCCAUGAUUGCUACUUAUGCUCAGAAUGCACAUGGUGAUGAUGCCUUGAAACUAUUUAGGGAAUUCAGUAGUUUGAAUUAUGAACAUCCAAAUCAUUUCAUGUUAGCUAGUGCAAUCAGUGCUUGUGCAAGCUUGGGUAGGCUGGUUUUGGGAAGAGUCGUGCACGGUGCGGUGAUCCGUCUCGGCCAUGAUUCGAACGAUGUAAUUUCUAGUGUGUUGGUCGAUAUGUAUGCUAAAUGUGGGAGUCUUAAUUGUUCUGAUAAGGUCUUUAGUAGAAUUUUAAACCCCUCUGUUAUUCCCUAUACUUCUAUGAUUGUGAGUAGAGCAAAAUAUGGACUUGGGAGACAGUCCCUUCAACUAUUUGAAGAAAUGGUGAGAAAAGGAUUGAAGCCUAACCAUGUCACUUUUGUUGGAGUUUUGUAUGCUUGUAGCCAUUCAGGGCUUCUUGAUGAGGGCCUUAGUUAUUUGACUUCCAUGUAUGAGAGACAUGGCAUAAUGCCCGAGUCUAAGCAUUAUACGUGUGUUGUCGACAUGCUAGCUCGAGUUGGGCAGCUCGAUAGAGCUUACCAACUAGCGAAAUCGAUGGAGGUAGAGCCCGACGACGAGGCAUUAUUGUGGGGAGCGCUGCUUUCGGCUAGUAGGUACCAUGGGAGGGUAGAUAUUGCAGUUGAAGCCUGUCAGCGACUAGUCAAUUCCAAUCAACAAGUUGCAGGUGCAUACGUCACAUUGUCGAACGCCUAUGCAUCGGCUGGGGAUAUGGAGAAGGCUCACCGACUCCGAGUUGAAAUGAAGCAUACUGGAAUCAAUAAGGAACCAGGCUGUAGUUGGCUCGAGAUAAAGAAUUUGACUUAUGUAUUCUAUGCUGGGGACGUAGAGUCUUGCCCACACAGCAAGGAGGUGUUGUGUUUACUGCGAGAGUUGGAGCGGAAAAUGAAGGAUCGAGGUUAUGGAAGAGGAAGCAAAGGUUUGGUAUUUGUUGAUGUAGAGGAGGAGGCAGAGGAAGAAGCAGUUGGAUUGCAUAGCGAGAGAUUGGCAUUGGGAUUUGGUUUGAUUAGCAUACCCAAAGGAAUCACCAUAAGAAUAAUGAAGAACUUGAGAAUGUGCAGUGACUGUCAUGAGGCUUUCAAGCUUAUAAGUGAGAUUGUGGAGAGGGACUUUGUAGUUAGAGAUGUCAACAGAUUUCAUCAUUUCACAGGUGGUUGUUGCACUUGCAAUGAUUUCUGGUAAUUUCGUUUAAACACAGUUUACUUGUUUUGUUUUAUUCCACGAGCAGAGAUGCGAAUCCCAACCUUUAAAGGAA